UCCGUUGUCCGGCAAUUGAAGCCCUGAAGCCCAGGUUCAGAGUCUCACCUGUCCCCAGUCUGCCUCAGUUCCUCAUCUCUGUCCUGUGAUCACGGCCGUCCGUCAGUGUAGAUCCCCAACCUGUGCUCUGAGGAGAGAAUGUUCCAGACCAAAGCUGAGGCCCUGGGAGCCUCCUUCCUGGCCUUCCUGCUGAGUCUCCCAGGAUCUGGGGCCAUCAAAGCGGACCACGUAGCAAUGUAUGACAUAUUUGCCCAGACGCAGAAGCCUUCGGGUGACUGCGUGUACGAGUUUGACGGGGAUGAGCUGUUCUACGUGGAUCUUGACAGGGAGGAGACGGUCUGGGGCCUGCGGGAGUUCAGCACAGUCUAUGGCUUUGACGCCCAGGGCGCUCUGCCCUACAUCCUCAGCCUGAAGGACAACUUGAGGGCCUUGAUCCAGAGACACAACGUCACCCAGGUCCCCAGCGAGCCUCCAGAGGUGACCGUGUUCCCCAAGAACCCAGUGGAGCUGGGCCAGCCCAACGUCCUCAUCUGCCACAUCGACAGAUUCUUCCCCCCAGUGCUCAAUGUCACGUGGCUUCGAAACGGGCAGCUGGUCACUGAAGGGACUUCUGAGACCGUCUUCCUGCCCAGCACAGAACUCAGGUUUCAGAAGUUCCACUACCUGACCUUCAUCCCCACGGCCAAGGAUGUGUAUGACUGUAGGGUGGAGCACUGGAGCCUGGGCCAGCCGAGCCUGAGUCACUGGGAAAUGCCGGAGCCACUCCAGGUGACCGAGACAAUGGAGACUGUGGUCUGCGCCCUGGGCCUGGUGGUGGCCUUGGUGGGCAUCGUCAUUGGCAGUGCGCUCAUCAUAGGGGCUCUGCACUCCAGUCACGACCCCCGGGGCCCAGGGACCCGCGUGAGUGACUGUGCAGGUGAGGAUGUUAGGAUGCAGUCGACGACAGCGAGGGAGUCCACGCCUGCUGCGCAGAAAGGAGGGCGCAUUCACAUUGGUGGAGCAGACACGGAUCUCAUCUCUCGGUGGUGAGCUAUCUGAGACACUGACAACCCGCCGAGAACCCCCGACGCCUGCUGUUACCCCUUCUCCAUUUGAGGGUACUAACGUCACUGUAGUUUGACGCUUGAGACGAGCUCACAGCAUGUAUGUGCAUAAGAGCAAAGCACCUUCACCAAGGCCACACAGGCUGUCUGGAUCCCAAACAGCUUCCUCACUGUCCUGUGCUUCCGUGAGUGAAGAAAGAGACCAAGUUCAACCAAGGGUCUAGUCUUGGAUCCAGACUGUCCUGCGCAUGCGCAUGCUUACGGACCCUUGGAGGGGUGGGGCAGCAAACCGGUGUUGCUAUAUUUCUCAACAGCCUGGACAUCCCUCCCUGGGUUCCAUAGCUCCAGCCUGGACACCCCUCCCUGGACGCCUCUCCCCUGGAUAUCUUCUCCCUGGGCUCCGCAGCUCCGGGUUCCUGCAGGAACACUUCGAUGCCUCCUUCCAGAGCGUUCCUAAGAACAACUUUUCCUGUUUCUGAGCAGGGAGAUUCAGUUUUGCUGGGUGGACCAGGUCUUUUACGACCUGUGUCUCGUGACAAUGUGGCUUCAAGUGUCACAAUGUGAACGGACACUGAGGGUUCCGGGCUCACUUUCGGGGAGAGUUUGAGAAUUCGGGUUGGCCCUGGAGAGGGGACAACAGUAAAAUUUACUUGGAUGAAGACUUGUUUAGAUGUAGUUUGCAAUGGUUAGAGUCCCUAAGGGAGUAG